GUGCGAAUGCUUUUGAAUGAGUUGGAUGUGAACGUGGAGCCCCGCCCUGGGGUGUUCGAGGCAUUCAAUUCCGAAGAAGAUGGCACCGUCUCAAUUUCAGAGCUCGUGUCUGGCUUGAUGCGAUUGCGUGGAGACCUGCACAAGGUGGAUCUGGUCAUAGCGCAGAUGGGCCUAGAAAACCUGCA